ACACCUCUCUCUCUCUCUCCUCUGCACAUCUCUUUCAACAAAUUUGUUCCCACCCUCUCUCUAAAUACAAAAAAAAGUGGCUGGGAUCAAUAUUGAUUGCUGGCGGCAAGAACCUGUGGAUGGCAUUAAUGGCGUUCGAUCCUCCAAAUUGAAAUCAGUGGAUAGAAAAUCAUUUGGGUUCUUUCCUUUUUCUCUGAAUUUGAAAUAUGAUCAAUCGUAGAAAAGCCCCAUUCAAAAAAAUUCACUUUUUUUUCUUCCUUGCAAAAGAUUAAUGGAUGGUGUUAGUUAUUUUGGAUCCUAGCCAUUGAUCUCUUAUAAGUUCUAGAACACUCUCUCAUUAAAACCGUGAGCUUAGAGAGAGAGAGAGAGGACAUUCUGCCAUGGACUUUAUAGCCUAUUACUAAGAUAAGGAGUCCAUUGAAACCAGCAAAGCGGCUUCUUCACUUGGGUUUCGAGAUUGCACACUGCUAGGGACUUGAAAUGGCUUCUCUUGCGGGAGGUCUUCUCUCAAGGUUAUAUGGAGUCAGCUGUGAUUUCUUACGCAAGUGCCUAUGGCGUGUGGUCACCUUUGGCCCAAUCCCCAAACAUGUUGCAGUUAUAAUGGAUGGAAACCGACGAUUUGCUCGAAACCAUCAUCUUAAAGAAGGGGCUGGCCAUAGAUAUGGGUUUGUGUCUCUGAUGUCAACCCUUCGCUAUUGCUACGAAAUGGGGGUCGAGUAUGUGACCAUCUACGCUUUCAGUAUCGACAAUUUCAAGAGAAGGCCUGAUGAAGUCCAAUAUGUUAUGGACCUUAUGCAUGAGAAGCUCUCGUCUUUGUUGAAAGAAGAGAGCCUUGUGAACCAGUAUGGAGUUCGGGUGACAUUUAUUGGAAAUUUAAAGCUUAUGCCCGCUUAUGUUAGGGAGACAGCUGAAAGGGCAAUGGAGGCUACUGCUAAGAAUGAUAAAGCGGUUUUGUCAAUCUGUGUGGCCUACACUUCGACAGACGAGAUCACUCGAGCUGUGCGAGAGUCUUGUAAUGAACGACGUAAGAGUGUCUCGGGCUCGAAAUUGAUUAUGAAGAAUGGUGACAAGAGUAAUGGAGCAAAUGAUUUGAUUACUGUUUCUGAUUUGGAAAGGCAUAUGUACACAGCCGGGUAUCCUGAACUGGAUAUAUUGAUCAGAACUUCGGGCGAAACCAGACUUAGUAAUUACCUUCUUUGGCAAUCUAGCGGCUCUUUCUUGCAUAUCUCUGAUGCGCUUUGGCCUGAGUUUGCGCUCAGGCAUGUGUUAUGGGCUGUUUUGGAGUAUCAGAGGGCGCAACCUUAUCUAGAGAAGAAGAGGAAGAUGGUCUGAUCAGUUUGUGUCUUACAGAAAUCCUCCGUCUCUCUCUCUCUCUCAUCAGUUUGUGUCUAUCAGAAAAGCAUCUCUCCUUGUAGCAGAAACAGAGUCUUCUUUUGUGGUUUCCAUUUGGUCUCUGUGAACCACUCUUUUAUUACUUGAGAGGUGUAUCCUUUACUAGUUGGAGUGAGCUUGCAAACUCUAGAAUUUGGUUAUGCGAAUGUUCUGAGUAAUUUAGGAGAGAAGAUGAAAGGCACUAUUAGAAAUUUAAUUGACAAAUAUGGGUAAUUUUAGAA